AUGCAGCGCAUCGUCGUAGCUCUGUGCCUCUCGGCAGCUGCGGCUCUUGUGCCGAACAGUGCGGCCGCGCGGUCAGCAGCCAGCAAUGCCAAAGCGCCCCUUAAGGUCGGUUUGCGGCGUCCGAAGCGCGAAUACGGAUCCAUGGCCGGGAAAGAGGAGCUCUGCACGACGCUGUCGCAGCACUGGCUGCACGCUUCACGGUUUGUUCAAAAAGAAUGAAUCCAUUCGUCCGUCGAGACGGCCGCCGCCGCGACCAACACACCCACACUCAAAAACGCGCCGCCGCCGCGACCAGAAAACACACAGGCCGCGACCCUCGAGCGCGUGGCGCCGACGGCGCCCAUCUUCUCCGACGUCUGCAGCGAGACGGGCGUCACCCUGAGCCGGUUCAUGAUCGAGACGGCGCUCGCGAACCCCGAGCUCUCGGAGCUCGAGUCCAUCUUCUCGUCCAUCGAGACGGCGUCGAAGACCAUCUCGAAUUUGGUGAGAAGAAGUUCGUUGACGGGCCUGACCGGCUACCUGGACUCGGGGAACAUCAACAUCCAGGGCGAGGAGCAGAAGAAGCUCGACGUCAUCACGAACGACGUGCUCAAGAACGCCCUGCGCUACACGGGCCGCAUGGGCGUCCUCGCCUCGGAAGAGGAGGACGCGCCCGUCGAGGUCGACGAUGAUAUUGAGGAGAAGUACCAGAAGGAGGUGCUCGUCGAGAAGACGCGAGGUGAGUUUGCUGCCACUUUAGAAACGCGUAUGUGCUUGUGUUGUUGCGCGCGCGUGCCUUCGCCCUGUGGAACUGCACGCGUCGAUGGCGUCGGGGCAAGACACAAACCCAACACAGGCAAGUACGUCGCCGUCUUCGACCCCCUCGACGGCUCGUCCAACGUCGACGCGGGCAUCCCGACGGGCACGAUCUUCGGCAUCUUCGAGGACAAGCAGGACGAGUGCGACCUCACGGCCGACGAUUUGGACACCUGCUUGGAGACGACGCUCCAGCCGGGCAACUCGCUCGUCGCGUCGGGCUACGUGCUCUACUCUUCGGCCACCCACCUCUUCAUGACGCUGGGGGCCGGCACCUACGGCUUCACCUACGACGAGCACAUCGGGGAAUUUGUCCUCACGCACCCGUGCGUCGAGAUCCCGAAGCGCGGCAAGAUCUACUCGUGCAACGAGGCGAACCGCCCCUACUGGGACAAGCCGCUCCAGGACUACUUUGAAGGGUUGAGCACGGGCACGGGCGAAAGCAAAACGCAGUACACGAGCCGCUACAUCGGCUCGAUGGUCGGCGACGUCCACCGCACGCUCCUCUACGGCGGCGUCUUCGGCUACCCCGCCGACGCCAAGAACAAGAACGGCAAGCUCCGGCUGCUCUACGAGGCCGCGCCGAUGGCGUUCCUCGUGGAGCAGGCCGGCGGCGCCGCCACGACGGGCCGCGGCCGCAUCAUGGACAUCGAGCCGACGAACGUCCACCAGCGCGUCCCGUGCAUGCUUGGCUCCGUCGACGACGUCAACGAGCUCCUCGGGCACUACUCGAAGACGUCGCCGGCCGAGGACAUCUACCAGCCCUAGGUAGAGUUGCUUUGGUUGUAUAAACGUGGUCUCUUCGUUCUUGUCUUGCCUCUACGCCGCGUGCGCCGCGCAGAAUUACGUGUGCUGUCUUUACUUCGCCGAUCCGACCCUACCCCUGCGUCCGUUCCGGGGCCGCGCGGUCGGGGCGGCAGCCCCGGCGCCGCUGCUCGCCCAGUGAACCGUGCUUGCGCGGCUUGCGGCGUCCACAGCGGUCUCCUGGCGGUUGUUUGCGAGGGCCAAUUAGGUUGGUCGUUGAUGGGCACACGCCCAUCGACAUCACUGAGCAUCUAUUAUUGGCUGCUUUUACAGCUUCCUUGUUUGUGUAGGCGCGUCAAUCAGCGUAUAAUUUAGAUCUUACUGCAGUCGGUGCUCGAUUUUAACCGUUUUCGCUGCUUGCGCGCGCUGCAGGAUCGCGCAUUGGCUCAGCCAUACUCGGCACACAAGAUCCUAAUUUGCCUCCCGCGCGCAGAAAAAAAACAAAAC